AUUCCCCACGCCUGUGCUUGUCACCAGGGGCACAAGAGAGGCUCCGUUUAUUCCUGCCGCACUCCCGGCUUCCCCUGGGUUGCUUCCAUCAGCAGGGAUCGGGUGUGUUUCCCUCUGCACUUGUCCCGAUCUCUGCCAGAAAGGGGCAGGCUGGCUUGGACAUUGCUGAAUUAAUGCUGGACAGCAGAGGCACCUCAGUGUGGCUGAGUGCAGGACAUGUGCCCAGCCUUGACGUUCAAUAAGUUCCCAGGGCGAGGUGGAUUUGUUUGGUUUCAUCUGUCUCUAAUAUGCCCCUCACCGCGGCAUUGUCCCUUCAUAUUUUUAAUCAUGUCUUCAAUAUCUCUCUAGCAUGAUCCGCUCUAAUAUCUCUAUCGAGCCAAUUGCUGUAGUAGGUGCUAGGAUUCGCAUUAUUACGCUUUGAUAAAUUAUUUGUCUUGGUCCCUGGAACUGAGAUCAUUGUGUGGCUUCUCCAAACUCCUAGGAAUUUCACAACUCAUUGGCUUAUUUUCUCAUUAAAUCUGUGCGCUGGUUCACUAGUGCCAUCUGUUAACCACCCCCUUGGCAGAGGACUUGCUGGUUUGUGAAAAGGAUUUCACAUCAGUCAGGCAAAAAGAAAUGGAGUCUCUGAAUGUGUUAAUUUUUGAGAACUCAGCUUGAAAUAUUUGAGAUCUGAUUUGCAGGGGAGCUGAGCAUUCAUAACCCAAUUGAAGUCAAAGGGAGGCGCAUGUGCUUGGUGUCUUUGCAAACCAAAUCAUUUCUAAAGUCGAGCAUCAGAAAUGAGAAAACGAAAUGGCCCCUUUUGAAAAUGUUGACCUCGGGCUUUUCUGCUGCCUAUGUGAGAGUUUGGAGCUAGCGUACUGCAUGCUCCUAUUUGUAAUUUUGAAUGCUAAAGUUAUAUCCAAUAAUAAUUUAUUUCUCUUGGUGUCUAAAGCUAUUUCAAAAGGUGCUACACUAGGCUGAUGAGGCUGGUACGAAAACCUGUUUUCUGUCCUGAUUUGGAUCCCAUGCAAUUCCAGUGACUUCAGUAGGACUGAACAGUGUAAAAUGUGGUCUCUUACGUCUACCUAAAUGUGGCUCUGUCUUGCAGGAGCAUUUUGAUGGGGUACUGGAUGAAGAUACUGUGGCUGAGGCCCUGUACAAACUGGGGCGUUCAGCCCCUGGCACCAAGUUUGUUUAUCUUAAUCUGUCACUUUCAGGGCGUAAUUUAAGUGACAUUAGCAUUCUCUCCAGAUACAUUCACCUAGAGAAGUUGCAGCUUUCAUACAAUACAAUCAAUGACCUGUCUUGUGUCAGCCACAUGCCUUACUUACUGGAACUUGAUGCUUCCAAUAAUGAACUUACUACAUAUUUCAAUUUCACGCCACCUAAAAAUCUCAAGGAAGUGGAUUUUUCAUAUAACCAAAUACCUGAAAUGCGAGAUCUGUCCUCAUACCAGUCACUUACUAAACUCAGCCUGGACCAUAAUAAUAUAGAGGAGAUCAAAGGGCUAGAGAAGUGCCAUAGCCUGACUUAUCUUAGCUUGGCACACAACAGGAUCACUACAAUCAGUGGUCUGACGAACUUACCUAUCAAAGUACUCAGUCUGUGUGCUAACCAGAUUGAGAAGAUAACUGGUUUGGAGGACCUGAAAGCCCUUCAGAACUUGGACUUGUCCAGCAAUAAAAUCAGUAGCUUAGAAGGUUUGGAGGAGCAUGAUCUACUAGAAGUAAUCAACCUAGAAAAUAAUCAGAUUUCUGAAUUGGGUGAGAUGGAAUAUAUUGAAGAUCUGCCUCUCCUUCGGGUGCUCAAUCUCUUAAGGAACCCAGUACAGGAACAAACAGAAUAUUGGCUCUUGGUUAUUUUCAUGUUGCUCCGGCUAACUGAACUGGAUCACAGGAAGAUUAAAGCGGAAGAAAAGGUUGCUGCUGUGAAUAAGUAUGAUCCUCCUCCAGAAGUAGUUGCUGCUAAAGAUCACAUGACCCAUAUUAUGUAUAGCAUGAUUCAGCCACAGAGGAUUUUUGACAGCACUUUGCCUAGUCUCGAUGCUCCCUACCCCAUGUUAAUAUUAGUUGGCCCCUUGUCCUGUGGAAAGCGGGAACUUUCUCACAGAAUUUGCAGACAGUUCAACAAUUUCUUCAGAUACAGCCCCUGUCACACCACGAGGGCCUCUUACUUUGGAGAAGACAACAGACUUGAUUACUACUUCAUUUCUCAGGAGGUGUUUGACAAUAUGUUGAACAUGGGGAAAUUUAUUGCAACCUAUAAAUAUAGCAGCCACUACUAUGGAUUAGGAAGAGACACUGUAGAAUCCAUAGCCAGAGAGGGAUUGGCAAGCUGUGUUCAUUUGGAAAUAGAGGGUGUGCAAAGUUUGAAAAAUACCUACUUUGAACCUCGCUAUAUCCUAUUAAUACCAAUGAACAAAGAAAAAUAUGAGGGACAUCUACGGAGGAAGGGGCUGUUUAGUAGGCCAGAGAUUGAAACUGCAGUCUCCAGAGUGGACAUGUAUAUCAAAAUAAAUCAAGAUUUUCCAGGAUACUUUGAUGCGGUAAUUAACACGGAUGAUUGUGAUGAGGCAUAUGCAAAGCUGAGUCGCCUCAUAAAGGAAUACCUCGGUAUGGCACAGCCUUCGGAUUUGGACAGCAGUCAGGUCUUGGAUGGCAAAGCACUCACAGAUUCCAGCUCACUGUCUUUUGGCGAUCACAGAGCUUUAACCAGUGGAGAGACACAAAUUACCCUGCCUUCUGACAUCAAUGAGUUUUCAGACUCUUCAGCCAAAAACUACUCUGCUAGAAUCUCAGCCAAACUUGCUGCACAAAAAACACCAGUGGAAGAAGCAUCUCUGCAGAGGCGUCAACAGGCAGCACGUCAGGCGCUGUUGGGGAAGUCUCCUAGUGCGUAUGCCCAGCUGUUUCAAAGGGGUCUUGCAAGUACCCCAGCAGCAAUCAGCCCAAACCGAUUACUGGAGCCAACAGCAUUUCUCCCAAGUGGAAGUAAUGUCUCCCGAGACUGGAAUCUGCCCCCUGCUAGCCCUGACACCAGCCCAAGAGAAUCACAUGCUACUACCGGGUUAUCUAUGCUGUCCUCGGCUGGUGCAUUUUCUACAGAGAGCUUGUCUGCUGAGAGCCCCAUUCCCAAUGCUCGGUAUUCCGAAGAGUCCAGUGCAGAAUGUGCGGACAUCGGAGGAGUCAGCAGUGGCAUGGAAAGUUCGAAAGAUGCUGAACUUUCUAAUGACACUCUUGAAAAAACCCCCAGCCAACCCAAGUCCAGUUCUCCUGGUGUGCCCCAGAUGGUAAAUCGACCAGGCUCCGACGCCAAACCCGUCCUACCUCCAAUCCCAUCAGGGCGGAAAACGUCAGACCCUUGAUGGUCGACAUCAGCUGAGGCGUUGCCUUUGUUCAUGCUGAUCUCUACAGUCUAACUUGAAUACUGGUUUUGGUAUAAUUUUUACACACACACACACACACACACACACACACACACACACACACGUCUAUCAAAGUAUAUUGUCUGUCUGAAUCCAUCUCUGAUUAAUUCUGAAUCACUCUUCUUUUAAAAAAAAAAAGUUAUUUAUAACUUUAUUUAAAAAAGUCCUUUCUGCUUUUCCCAGAGCUAGAAAUGAUUUCCCCAGAUGCUCCCCAUUUGAAAAUGUCUCUAUUUUCCCCGAGAUCCAUGUGAUCAGAUCUUCCAGGGAUAUUUUUUCUAUUUCCCUGACUUAAUUGAGGUGUGAAAGCCUGAAGGCUCUAAUGAUAAUGUUGCUUAUAGCGCAAGACUGCUGAAUUAGUUUUUGCUAAGAGGGAUUUAAUGUGAUACUUAGAUUUAAGUGAGGAAUGGAAACUACUUGGUUCCAAGGCAGCCUUUUAGAAAAGCUCUGUCUUUUAGAAAUGAGAAGUUAUUUUUGAUACACAUGUAUAUUUAAACAAACAACCCACAAAGGAAUCAUCAGAACAAAUCCUUAAUUAAUUUGAUUUUGUUAACGUUUUAACUGUUUGCUGAUUAUGCUAAGAUCUGCUUUUGCCAUGUAUAUUAGAUAUGAGUCUCAAUAUUAAAUAAACCUCAUACAUUAACCUUUUUCAUUACUAAUUUAUAAGACUAUAGUUGUAGUUAUUGAACAAAUAACCUGCUCUGAUAAGCUUGCACUGGGAGGCCCUAGUGUUUAUGUAACACCAACGAUGUUCCCGCUAAGGUGCGCACCUGCACAAAAAAUUCUUUCCUCACCCACCUCCUCUGGAGAGCCGUGCAGCAGCACUUGUGCGGCAGGUGGGACCGACUGAGAUGGUGUCUUGAGGGAGCUGCUGGGGUCGGGGGCUGGUACCUGCUGUGGCUGCGUGGUGGGGGAGAGGGGGUGGAAGGCCUGCUCCAGUGGUCAGGGCUGCCACGUGGCAGGGUGAGCCAG